AUGGAGCAGCUCAUCGGAACCUACCUGAAAGGGCGCAUGGGCGCGCUGGCCGACAACGACGUGUUCUCCGGCGGCCUGAUGCUGCUGGUGGUGGGCGUCGUGGCGGCCUACGUGCACUGGCUCUCGCAAGAGCUGUGGGAGCGGGCGCAGCGCCAGUUCCUCGUGUCGCUCGAGGUGCGGAAGGAGGACGAGGCCUUCGCGUGGCUCAUGAAGUGGCUCGCGGUGCAGACCGAGAAGACCAACGGCCGCGAGCUGAGCAUGCUGACCACCCGCGAGAACGACCGCGACCGCUACGAUGGCUCCGAGGCCGCCACCAAGCCCACGCUGCACUUUGGCCCGGCACCGGGCCUGCAUUUCCUGCGUUACCGUGGAAAGUGGGUUACCGUGGAACGCACGGUCAAGGACAACCAGUUCGGCGGCAACGGGCUCGAGCUGCAGGAGACGCUCAAGCUGACCACCUACGGCCGCGAUCCGCAGAUCCUGAAGGACCUGGCCCAUGGCGCGAUGAACUACUCGCUGGGCGAGGAGCUGGGCAAGACGCUCAUCUUCCAGCCCAAGUACGGCUGGGGCGGCACCUGGCGCAAGCUGAUGGCCAUCGAGAAGCGCGCGAUCGGGUCGGUCCACUUCCCCACGGGCACGCUUGAGAAGCUGCUGGCCGACGUGCGCGAAUUCUUCGCGAUGCGCGACUGGUACAAGCGCCGCGGCAUUCCGCACCGCCGCGGCGUCAUGCUCUACGGCCCGCCGGGCAACGGCAAGUCGUCGUUCGCCGCGGCCCUCGCCGGCGAGCUGGGCCUCAACCUGUGCGUGUGCAGCCUCGCCAACUCGAGCCUCGACGACGACGAGCUCCAGGAGUACAUGCGCAAGAUGCCCAAGGGCAGCAUUCUGCUGCUCGAGGACAUCGACGCCGCCUUCGUGCACCGCAAGAAGAACGUCGACGCCGGCAACAGCUCCAACAAGGUCACCUUCAGCGGCCUGCUCAACGCGCUCGACGGUGCCGUAGCCUUCGAGGGCUCGCUCGUGCUCAUGACCACCAACCACCGCGAGAAGCUCGACCCGGCCCUCACCCGGCCCGGCCGCGUCGACUUUGCCCUCUACGUCGGCCUCGCCAACCGCGACCAAAUCGAGCGCCUCUUCGCCUACUUCUACCAGCCGUGGGAGGCCGAGGCCGAGGCCGAGGCUGAGGAGGGCAAGAAGGAGGUCGCCGCGCGCCAGGAGCACAUCGAGCGCGAGCGCGAGCGCGUGAGGAAGAUGGCGAUCGAGUUCGCGCGGCUUGUAUCGAUGGCCAGCAUCCAGGGCUACCUCCUGCGCUUCAAGCUCGACCCGCAGGCGGCCAUCGACAACGUGGACAAGUUCGUGGUCGAGGAGCUGGCCCGCAUGAGCGAGGAGGAGGCCCGACGAAAGAAGGAGGCCGAAGAGGAGGAGAAGGAGAAGGAGAAGGAGCAGGAGGAGAAGAAGGAGAAGGAGAAGGAGGAGAAGGAGGCCUCCAGCAGCUCCACCUCUUCUUCUUCGUCCUCUUCUGCGACUUCGUCUGCCACCGCCGACGAGGUGGGCGCCAAGGAGAACGAGGAGAAGCGACCGACCGACGCUGUUGUGUCGGCUUGA